CUCUUCCAUCGUCGUACCAAUUCCUCCUUGACAGAUACUAGACUCUGGCUGACACUCCUCGGGCGAAGUCUAUGUACGUUGCUCCUUCCUCUCACAAGCGACGCAGGCCGUCUGCUAGGGCGGAUGCUGCGCGCAAGAGGCUGCCUGGCAGAGUCAUCCUCAAUGUCGCUGGCUUCCGCAACGAAGACUCUCAAGGCGGGACCCUCACCUCUCACAAUGCCAGUGUGAAGGGCAAAGGGAGAGCAGACCCGGACGCUGAUGCGCAGAGAAGGGUAGAAGAAGUGAUUGCGAGUCACUGCUUCAAUCAUCGCAUGACUUUGUUGGUUCCUGAGGAGCAGGCGGACGCUUCCUCUCAAUCCUCUGCUUCGAUUAAGAAUCUCAGCGACCAGAUAUCAGGACUCUUCUCACAUCGCAAGUCAUAUCACGUGCGCACCUCUCUCAAGCUGUUCCUCAAUCAAGCGUUUCUCAAUGCCUACAUCAGGUCUCCUCCGAAUCUCAUCGCUCUCAGCGUAGGCAAGCUAGACACAGACGAUGUGAUCUGCCUUACGGGGGACGGGAAUCUCCUCCUUCACCUCACAAAGGACACCUACCAGACGCUUGGCCUGCAAGGUAGACCAGCACGUUUCAGCCGCGGCUCCUCGGGGCGUGCUGGUGAAAGAACGAGUGGGGGUGCAACGAGAUAUCUCGUCCUGAUACCUCUGCUAGACCCUACCUUUGUUCCUGGCAAACCCGGCUUUCAGCGAGUCAUGGACGCCUUCGAGAGAUGGGAGACGCUGAGAGGCGGUGGAGACACGGAGAAAGGGAGGUUCCACAUCUUGCUCACUACCUCGUCAAUGGGCAGGAUACGCUUCCCUGAUGAGCUUCUCAAGCGAGGAGACGUGGACUGUUACACACCCUCGACUGCUCAGGUCACCAGGGAAGAUGUGUGGAUACCCGAUCUGGGCGUAGAAGGUGAUGGCGUGGGUCGCGUUGACCUUGGCUGGACCGAAGGCAUUGUACAGCAGCAUAUAACACCACAAGACAUGAAUUGGGCUCCUUGGGCGCUGCACUGUGAAGAAUUGGUAGGAUGGAUGAGACUACUGUCGAGAGAUGCUGAAGGUGUCAAGACUUACUAUCGGCCUCCAGAGCUACCUAUCUCCUCUUACGAAGCGCCUGAACCCCACUACGCUGGAAGAGUACGCAUGCUCACCAUUGAUGGCUUCCUUCACCCGGAGAUGCUCUCCAAGGCCUUGGCGAUCGUAAAGACUUGGGUAGAUGGCCAGCAGGACGAUACGGAUGCCGAGCGACACCCCAGCAACGCCAAGCGUGAGAAGCCGGACCCUCGUCAAGACCAGCAAAGGCGCUGGGCUCACCUCUGCACGUCUGGCUUCUCUUCUUCGCCCGUCAAGUGGCGCUCACACGACCCAGGCUGGGGUAUUGCUCUAGGCCAAGGGAGGUCUUACGAAGAUGAGCAGCUAUCCAGUCGAAGUCAGGGCGUGGGCAAGGGAGGCAAGGGGAUCUUUGAUGCUCCGACAAAGGGACAGGAGAAGAUGAAUCGCUUCAACAAGCUACAGAGAGAAGCGGAACACCGGGAAGACGGAUUGAUGUUGGAAGGACAAGAGGGUGACAGCGAGGAUGUGGAUGUAUCCGACAGUGUUGAGGACAAAGAGGAUGACGUAGACGAUGACGGAGAAGACGAUGGCAACAGCGACGCCGACUCCGAGUCUGCCUCUUCGUCAGACGAUUCGUACCCUUCCGAGGACGACAUGGGCUUCGACGCAUUCAACCAACCCUCCAAGCGCUCUGCGCCACGCACAGGUAAGCAAGCCAGACGCAAGCGAGCCAAACAGGUCAAGCGUCGAGGUCACCUACGCAAAGGGCAUGCUGAACGCGAAGGUGCCGUUGGUGGGAGUGGCAGUGAAGAGGGAUGGGGGCUGAUCUUGUUUGGUAGGCGGAGCCGGGACCGGGGACAGGAGGUAGCCAGGGAACAGAGACAAGGCCAAAGUCAUACAGAGCAGUCCGCUGCUGCCACUGCCGCUGUCACUGCGACUGCGAGGGUGAUCUGGUGGGAGAAUGUCGAGGGGGAUACCCGUAGCUGAGUGCCUGCCUAGUCCUACUUCGUCAAUCAAUGAAUGCACUGCCCCCC